UCUCAUUCUGUGGAUCUUGAAACUAAUCUUUGGGUUCUGUUCAUCUUUAGGGGGGGAGGCACUUGGGGCCAAGAGCCCAAAGGGGGGCAGAUGUAUUUUGAAGAAACAAAAUUUGAAAUGGGUACAAUGUCAAAAUGCACUCAACAAGCAAGACCUUUUCCAUGGCACAUCUAUGGCCCUUAUCUCUAAGUGCUGAACCUCUAGUUACAGGUGACCAAAGGAUGCCCCCCAGACCUCCACAUCCAUCUUUUCAUGAGAACGGAGGAGAAGCAGCAGCUGUGGAAACAGAUCUGGGUCCUCUGUGCUUUGAAGAUGUCGCUGUGUAUUUCACAGAGGAGGAGUGGGCGUUACUGGAUCCUGACCAGAGAGCUCUGCAUAAGGACGUCAUGGAGGACAAUCGUGCGACUGUGGAUUCUCUCAGUGCUGAUGGAUUGGAAAUUAUGAACAAGGGGAACCGUGACAACAUUCACGCAGUGGGGAAGUUGUAUAAAUAUUUGGAGUGUGGAGAGAGUUAUAGUCUGAGCUCCCAUUCUACUUCCCAUAAAAUAUAUCCUGUUGGCAAAAAUCAUCGGAACUUGGAAGAUAGUAAGACAUUUCGUCAGAAGACAUUUCGCACUUUCCAUAAAAGAAUUCAUACAGGGGAGAAACCCCAUCAGUGCUUAGAAUGUGGGAAGAGCUUCAGUUACAGGCAUGUGCUCAAGGCCCAUCAAAGAAUUCAUACAGGGGAGAAACCCCAUCAGUGCUUAGAAUGUGGGAAGAGCUUCAGUUGCAAAAAUAGUCUCACUUCCCAUCAAAGAAUUCAUACAGGAGAGAAACCCCAUCAGUGCUUAGAAUGUGGGAAGAGCUUCAGUUGCAAAAAUAGUCUCACUUCCAUCAAAAGAAUUCAUACAGGGGAGAAACCCCAUCAGUGCUUAGAAUGUGGGAAGAGCUUCAGUUGCAAAAAUAGUCUCACUUCCCAUCAAAGAAUUCAUACAGGAGAGAAACCAUAUCAGUGCUUGGAAUGUGGAAAGAAUUUUAGUCGGAAGGAUUACCUUACUUCACAUGAAAUAAUUCACAAAGGGGAGAAACCCCACCAGUGUUUGGAAUGUGGGAAGAGCUUCAAACUGAAGAGACAUCUCACUUAUCAUCAAACAAUUCACAGCCGGGAGAGACCAUAUCAGUGCUUGGAGUGUGGUAAGAGCUUCAGUUGGAAGGACCAUCUCAUAUCCCAUCAAAGUAUUCAUACAGGGGAGAAACCCUAUACGUGCUUGGAAUGUGGAAAGAGCUUCAGGCAGAAAGCUAAGCUCACAGAUCAUCAAAGAAUUCAUACAGGGGAGAAACCAUACAAGUGCUUGGAAUGUGGAAAGAGCUUCAGGCAGAAAGUUCAGCUCACAGAUCAUCAAAGAAAUCAUACAGGGGAGAAACCAUAUCAGUGCUUGGAAUGUGGAAAGAAUUUUAGUCGGAAGGGUACCCUUAGUUCACAUGAAAGAAUUCACCGAGUGGAGAAACCAUAUAAAUGCUUGGAAUGUGGAAGGGGCUUCAUUAAGGGCUGCCAGCUCACUUCCCAUCACAGAAUUCAUACAGGGGAGAAGCCAUAUCAGUGCUUGGAAUGUGGAAAGAACUUCAGUCAGAAGGGACAACUUACUUCCCAUCAAACAAAUCACCGUUAGGAGAGACCAUAUCAGUGCUUGGAAUGUGGAAAGAGCUUCAAAUGGAAGACAAGUCUCACUUUUCAUCAAGGAACUCACAGCAGGGAGAAUCAUGGUAUUUGAAGAUGGGUCUCCUAUCUCCUCUCAAUCUCCUCUUUUGCCAGACUAAGCCUACCCAGCUCCUUCUAUCGUUCCUUAAAAGGCUUGGUUUCCAAAUGCUUGAUUAUAUUGGUCACCCUUCUCUGCACAGAUUCCAACUUCUCAAUAUCCUCCUUUGAUUGUGACAUCCGGAAUUGAGCACAGGACUCCAGGUGUGGUCUGACCAAGGCAGAAGGGAACAUAGUCUUACUUCCCAUGACCUGGACAUUAGACGCCUGUUGAGAUAGCCUGAAAUAGCAUUACCUUAAUUUGCUACUGACUCACCUUGUUGACUCACGUUAAGCUUUUGGUGUCCUAAGACCCUUAGAUCAUUUUCACAUAUGCUGCUGGCAAGCGUGGUGUUUCCCAUAGAAUCAUAGAAUUGUAGAGGUCUAAUGGUCUUAGUGGACCACAAGCUAAACAUGAUUCAAUCGUCUGAUGGCAUCCAGCAUGGAAGGAGUGCCUCCGUUUUUUAGCAUUUUUAGGGUUAGGGUUCCACUGCGGGAGGCAGUGGAAGACAGGAGGGCCUGGCGUGCUCUGGUCCAGGGGGUCACGAAGAGGCGGACACGACUCAACGACUCAACAACAAGCAGUCUCUGCUCUUUUUGCCUUCCCUGGGAGGAAGGCUGAGUGGAUGUCUGAAACUCAAUGUCAACCUGAAACUCAGUCCAGAUAAGACUGAGGCAGUUAGUGGGUGGUGCCCUAGACCAGAUGGGUGGGAGAUGGCCUGCUCUUAAAAGAAAUUAAAUUGGUUUUACAUAAAGUUAUACAUAAUAACUGUAACCUUUCCAAAACAUACAAAAUAUCAAGGUUCUUUCAUACCUUCAGACCUUCCCCCACAUGGGUUCCAGUUCUAAAGAUGUUAUCUUUUCCCUUUUCCCUGCAUCUUUUAGCAUUAUCCAUCUCUUAUGUAACCAUAGUAACCAAAGUUCAGUUCACAUUGCAAGUGUCAUUGCAUCCCUGCCCGUGAUUUUAACUGUCUACAGUAUCUGUCAAGUAUACUGUCAAGUAUACAAUAAAAUUAUUCCAGUCUUUUAAAAAUA